AUGGCUAAUGCUCAUAGAAGAAGGAAUCAGAUGAAUAGAGUCAAAGUGAAUGGGAGAUGGUACAAUGAGGAAAGGGAGAUCAAAGAGGUGGUUUGCAGGGUGUAUCAGGGGCUGCUGGCAGAUCCAGGGGGGUGGAAGCCCAGGAUAGAUGCCUUGAUUUUUGAGAGGCUGGAAAAGGGGGAUGUGGAGGGGCUAGAGAAGCCAUUCUCGGAGGAGGAGGUUUUUGGGGCACUGUCAGGUUGUUGCAGUGAGAAAGCGCCAGGCCCUGACGUGUUGAUUCCUAAGAAAGGGGGGGCAGAGGAUUUGAAGGAUUUUAGGCCAAUUAGCUUGGUGGGAGGGUUGUAUAAGUGGUUAGCUAAGGUGUUGGCUAAUAGAAUAAAGGGCGUGUUAGCUAAGGUCAUCUCAACGUCCCAAAAUGCUUUUGUGGAGGGGCGGCAAAUCAUGGACGCAGUGCUGGUUGCUAAUGAAGCAAUUGACUCCAUUGUUGAAAAGCAAUAA